CAAGUGGUUGCGGAAUUCGUUUGAAUGCUUGAUAUCAGUGAAAAUUCAAGAAUUGAGGCACCGUUACUUCAGUAUCUCAGCAUAAUGAUUCAAAACAUGGAUAAUGAACAUGCAAUUUACUAUUGUUUCAGCAAUGGUUAUAUUAAUAGCAUUAUUUUGCAUCCGUAUGAACUUGAUGGGGGAGACUUGGCUCCAUACUAUAUGUCUUUUCUAAGGGCUGUUAGUGGUAAAAUAAACAGAGACACACUUUGCCUUCUUGUGAAUGUACAUGGGGAUGCUGUAGUUUCCUUUCCCUUGUACACUGAGGCUCUAAGGUUUGCUCAUCAUGAGGAAAAGAUGAUUCAGACAGUAGUACGUACAAUAGCUCUCAACAUCUACAAUGGGCUCAGAUUUAUCUGCUAUCACUUCACUAUAUAUCUUAUCACGUCUUCUUCAAGUCGUUGGGGGAAGAAGCAUGAUUAACAAUGUGGCUGGUGUUAUCCUGUAUCAUGUUUUAAACUUAAAUGCGAGAACUCUGAGCGAAGGGAACGCUUCUGAUAGCUCUGGUGUUAUUUCAAUUCCGAGCUGGUGUAUUGUAUUGGAUUGACGGAGAAACAUUGCUUUGUUUUACAUAGCCUUAAGAAGCCACAAUGUUUCACAGGAAAAUGAUCAAGACCUUGAUCCCAUGGACAUUCUUCCUCGGGGUCAUGUUUUGUUUGUGUAAAAUAUUUUCCACUUUUAUUAUUACUCUAUUAGGCAUCUCUGUCAAUUUAAUUCAUUAUUUCUAUGA